AUGAGAAAUGUAAGGGAGGGAGAGUUGGAAAGAGAAAGUGCUGAAAAGCAAGUGAGAGAGAAGAGAGUUCGAAAGAAGAAAGACCUCACAUCAUCCUCAGAAUCUGAGGAUUUUGAUAGUGACAUUUGUGACAACGAUGAUAGUGACUGGGAUGAAAGCCAGUGUGUAUGGUGCAAAGAGGAUUACAACGAAGGUAAAGAAGGUGAAGACUGGAUAAAGUGUGUGACAUGCUCUCUAUGGACUCAUGAAACGUGCUCUCGAUUUGAGAACAAAUGUGAAUAUUGUGGAAAGAAAGAAAGCAAGAAUAACCAAUAA